ACCAGAUGUUGCAGAAAGGAGGGAGAUGUGAGAUGGCUGCAGCAGCCUGUUGACUCAGAAACAUUUUGAGACGAUACAAGUGGGCACAGCAGCUGUGCGCUGCACGGAGAGGUUAUGGUCAGACUCGGUCAGUUUUCGUGUGAAUGAGCGGUUGUGAGACGGAAGGAUGACUAAAGAGUAACGGAGGAAGAAAAGAGGGCCGAGCGUUUUUCACUGAGCUCCAGGAAGUCCCAAACCGCUACGUUUGCAGAAACGCAGAGGAAUAGUGGAUGGACUGAAAGAAAAAAAAAUCUACCCGGUUAACCUUUGAACCGUCUUCCUUUGUCCUCGCAAGAAGUCACAAGACUAACUCCCGUAUAAUAUCACGAAUGACAGCCCUAACGGUGAGCAGGCGGUGAGAGUUUCGAGACUUUUUGGGGAUUAAUUUGUUUCCAUCGGGUAAACAAACAGUCUGUGAGGAGAAGAGGGGACUGUGGGAAGGUGCUUGGCCCAGAGGAGCUGAAAAGCGGGUGAAACCACACGUUCAGAACAAAGCCAGAAGGAAGACACACACACCAUGUCCUCUGUCCAUUUCAAUCCAGGGUCAGAUUCAGGUGUGAAUGGAAACAUAGCAAAGAUGGAGGAUGCUUCAGUGGAGAUUGACGAUGGAAAGGAUGACAGUGUGGUACCAGACACUAUGUAUCACAAUAUCCGGAAGAAGAUUGAACCCUUUGUUAUGUCUUUUGGAUUUCGUGUAUUUGGAGUGGUACUGAUCCUUGUGGACUUUGUGCUGGUGAUUGUGGACCUGUCCCUGCCAGCCAAGAGCAGAGAUGUUGGAGAUGCCUUAGAGGCUGUGUCCCUCAUCAUCUCCUUUUUCUUCCUCGCUGACGUCCUCCUGCGAGUUUAUGUGCAAGGGUUCAGAGUUUACUUCAGCUCCAAGCUGAACAUCGUAGAUGCCUGUGUUGUGGUAAUCACGCUGGUGGUCACCAUGAUCUACACCUUCACUGACCUGUCAGGAGCCAGUCUCAUCCCCAGGGUGGUGUCGUUUUUCCGUUUCCUGAGAAUAAUAAUCCUGGUGAGGGUUUUCAGACUGGCAGCUCAGAGGAAAGAGCUGGAGAAGGUCACCAGGAGGAUGGUUUCUGAGAACAAGCGGCGUUAUCAGAAGGAUGGAUUUGACCUUGACCUAACCUAUGUCACAGACCGUGUCAUCGCCAUGUCUUUCCCCUCCUCUGGGAAGCAGUCAUUCUACAGGAAUCCAAUCAGGGAGGUGGCCAGGUUCUUAGACACUAAACAUGAAGGCCACUAUAAAGUUUACAACCUGUGCAGUGAGAAAGGCUACGACCCCCAGUUCUUCCACUACAAGGUUGAGCGGGUGUUCAUUGAUGACCACAAUGUCCCCUCCUUGGAGGACAUGCUGAAAUACACAGCAAAUGUGAGGGACUGGAUGUCUGCUGAUCCCAAAAACAUCAUCGCUAUUCACUGUAAAGGAGGGAAAGGACGCACAGGUACUAUGGUAUGCACCUGGUUAAUAGACAGUGACCAGUUUGAGAGCGCACAGGACAGUCUGGAGUAUUUUGGUGAGAGGAGGACGGACAAGAGUCGGAGCUCCAAGUUUCAGGGAGUGGAGACUCCCUCCCAGAGCCGGUACGUGGGGUACUAUGAGGUCAUGAAGACCAAGUUCAACAGACAGCUGCCUCCACCUAAAAGCCUCAGGAUCAAGAGCAUCCGCAUCCACUCCAUAGCAGGUGUGGGUAAAGGUGAUGGCAGUGAUCUCAAAGUGAAGAUAAUUGUGAGGAAAGAGCUGGUGUUUCAGUGUGUGUGUGCCAAACAGGAGAACUGCACAGUAUUUCCUGAUGUGGGCAACAACGCAGCAGUCAUCAGCCUACAGAAUGGGCCUGUGGUUGAUGGGGACGUGAAGGUUAUGUUUGAAUCGAGUGCUGGUCUUCCAAAAGGAUACGAGGAUGUCCCGUUCUACUUCUGGUUCAAUACCUCCUUCAUAGAGGAUAACAAGCUGUUUCUAUCCAGGGAAGAGCUGGACAACCCACACAAACCAAAAACCUGGGACCUGUACAAGGAGGACUUCGGUGUCACUAUGUUCUUCUCAGACCCAUAAUAAAAGCCAUUUAGAACAACGAAGUGGCUUGUUACAGUUGUACCUUGAAUGAUGGAUGGUGAGCAGAAGUUGGUAGUUUGAACACUAACUCAAGAACUGAAUGAGAGUUUGGUGUCUAAAUUGAAGAGAGGCACAAAAUGAUAAGUUCACAUGUAUGAUCUUGAGACCAGUGGGGUUGCUCACCGGGUCAAAUCAUGUAGGCUGCAGCGUUGCUCUGAUGAGUCAUGGCGCUUAAAGUGAAAUUUACAAUGGAGAGAUAUGUGAAGAAUUAAAUAAUGUGAUGUCUGUAUGCUUCGUGACUCCUUUGGGUGUCCAAAAAUAGAAUAAGAAAUCUGAAACAGAAUCAGAGAAACAUUUACUCCUGAUGAAAUAAUAAUGCUGAAAGGUUUGACACAGUCCAUU